AUGGGGGCGGUCGAGGAGGGCGGCGGUGGCGGUGUGGCGGAGCCUUCCGCGGCAGGUGUCGGCGCGCCCCAGGUGGCUCGCGUGGCGGGCGGCGGCGGUGUGGCGGCGCCUUCCGCGGCAGGUGUCGGCACGCCCCAGGUGGCUCGCGUGGCGGGUGGCGGCGGUGUGGCGGCGCCUUCCGCGGCAGGUGUCAGCGCACCCCAGGUGGCUCGCGUGGCGGGCGGCGGCGGUGUGGCGGCGCCUUCCGCGGCAGGUGUCGGCACACCCCAGGUGGCUCGCGUGGCGGGCGGCAUCGUGGCACAGGUGGUGCGCGUGGCAGGCGGCGUCGUGUCCCAGGUGGUGCGCGUGGCGGGCGGCGGCGGUGUGGCGGCGCCUUCAGCGGCACGUGUGAUGGGUGUAGGUGGCGCCGGGUUGACUGUGAAUGGCUCGACAGGUGGCUGA